UUGUCAGUUUUGGUGACGCCUCCCAAGACUGCAAUAUAAAAUGGCAAGUAACGUUGACCAUGGCUGGCGCGGGCGCGCUAUGCUAAUUUUAGGGCAUCCAUUAAAGUUUCGAACUCUGAGCACUUCUGCCCUUGGCGGCCGCCGUCUCCGCUUAUAUCCCCGGGGAUAUAGACUGAUGGCGGAGCGCAGCAAGUGUUCAAUGGCUCUUCAGUUUGAGAUUCUUGGGAGGUUCAAUCGUGCCCGAGCUGCUCGUCUCACACUCCCUCAUUAUGUGUGCCAAACACCUCUAUUUAUGCCUGUUGGAACACAAGGGACUAUAAAAGGCUUGACUACCAACCAGCUUGAGGACAUUGGUUGCCAAAUAAUACUUGGAAACACCUACCAUUUGGCUCUACGCCCUACUUCUGAACUUAUUGAUGAGCUGGGGGGACUGCACAAAUUUAUGAACUGGCCAAGGGCUUUGCUGACUGAUUCUGGAGGCUUUCAAAUGGUCUCUUUAUUGCACUUGGCUGAUAUUACUGAAGAAGGUGUAACUUUUCAGUCUCCAGUGGAUGGGAAACCAAUGCUACUCACACCUGAAGAGUCAAUACAAAUACAAAACAGAAUUGGAGCGGAUAUUAUUAUGGCUCUUGAUGAUGUUGUGAGAACCACAAUCACAGGUCCACGAAUUGAGGAAGCAAUGUAUCGAACUCUUCGCUGGAUAGACAGGUGCAUAGCAGCUCACAAAAGACCGCAUGAGCAGAAUUUAUUUGGCAUCGUGCAAGGUGGUUUAGAUCCAGUGUUAAGGGAUAUAUGUGUCAAAGGUCUGGUGGAUCGUAAUUUGCCUGGCUAUGCUAUUGGUGGUCUUGCGGGUGGUGAAGAUAAAGAUUCAUUUUGGCGUGUUGUGGCUCAGUGUACUGCUUCAUUGCCUGAGGACAAACCACGAUAUGUCAUGGGUGUUGGAUACCCUCUAGAUAUUGUAGUUUGCAGUGCUUUGGGUGCUGACAUGUAUGACUGCGUCUAUCCUACUCGCACCGCUCGCUUUGGCACAGCUCUGGUGCCUGAGGGAGUUCUGAAGCUUAAACACCAAGCAAUGGCUAAUGACAUCCGUCCCAUCGAUCCUACAUGUGACUGUAUGGUCUGCAAAAAAUAUACCAGAGCCUAUAUUCAUUCCCUUGUUACAAAAGAUGCCAUGGGUUCUCAACUUUUGUCAUAUCAUAAUUUAUAUUACAUGAUGAAGCUUAGCAGAGAUCUACACUCAUCAAUUGCUCAAGGAUGGUUUCCAAAAUUUGUUUGUGAGUUUCUGCAGAAAAUGUUCCCCAAAGGCGAUGUUCCUGAAUGGGUCUGCAAUGCCAUGGAGGUUGCUGGAAUCGACAUUUCUUCAUGCUGUGCUCCAUUUUCAUCAUCCGAAAUGAAGCCUAGUGAACACAGAGCAUAAGAGGUUGGGGGUGCCAUGGCAUUCUUACAUUGUGACAUGGAAAUAGGCUACUGAUUAUACCCUCUUCUGUUAGAUUUUCCGUCUGAGUUAACAGAGAGAGUUGCACACUAACAAAGGCAGCGAGGUAACAGUUUUGGUUAUCUUCUGACAUAAUUAACCUGACACUGAGGAUAGGAAAAAAUAUAGAUUAAUUUACUGAACUGUACUAGUUCAAAACACAUUAUGCUGUUGGAGUAGUCAACUCAGUUUUGAGACCCACAAAGAUUUAGACUUAUUUCCCAAUCAGAGGACCAUAGGCAUGUACCCUUUGCUUUUUUGAGCUACAUGAGAGCAUGGGUGAUAUUGCAGCAUACAUUUUGUUGUAGUAUGCUGCCACACUAGGAUCACACAUGUCAGGAAUCUUUUGAUGUAACAGAGUUAUACGAAAACAAAUUUUGCACUGUCAAUUUGAUUCUUAGUUCUUACAAAAGGUUUCCUUUCAAUGGGGAAUUGCUUUUUAUACAA